AUCUCCCGGGAAGAACGUGACUCUAAAAUAACAUUUAUUCAUACAAGAAUCUUCGCCGGAUUAUGCAAAUUGUUGUUAUCACUGAUAACUUAUCAGUUUAUAAUUAGUGAGCAUUAUCUGGUCUUGCAUUUAGUGACGGGAAGUGGGAGGUGGGGGUGGUCAACAUUAGUUACUUUAACAGUGCUCAAUUAAAAUCUCAGUCCAGCACUCCAGAGUCCAGAGCAAGAAUUUAUAAAUGGAGAUGUCAUCUUUCCGGCUUAUCUCAUCAUUUGGACGAGUUCCAUCACUUGGAUCCACCAUUUCCAAGAAAUUUAUCAGCACAGGACCAGCAAUUCGACCCUUUCUUCUGGGACCAUUGUCUCGAAAUGCGUCUCGUCUGACGACAAAAUCCAAACUUUUUUUACCAUUCAUGAAACAGCAAGGUUUGCGUCAUACGAUGACCGCUGCACCGCCGCCGAACGUGUCGAUGCCGUUGAGCAGGAAUAUGGAACGACUUAUAGGCGGAUGGUUGGCCGGGUGUGCGGGGAUGUGUUUCGGCGCAGUUGUACUUGGUGGUGUUACUAGACUAACAGAGUCAGGGUUGUCGAUGGUUCAUUGGAAAUUAUUUGGCGAAAGGCCUCCCACAAGUAUGGACGAAUGGCAGUUGGAAUUUGAAAGAUAUAAACAGUUUCCAGAGUUCAAAAUCAAAAACAAGGACAUUACACUCGACGAGUUUCGAUGGAUUUGGUACAUGGAGUAUGGUCAUAGAACGUGGGGGCGUGCGAUUGGAGCCGUUUUUUAUAUUCCUGCUGCCAUUUUCUGGAUGAAAGGGCAUUUCUCUCCACUUAUGAAAAAGAGAACUGUAUUUCUGGGUGGGUUGUUAGCGUUUCAGGGCCUGUUGGGUUGGUACAUGGUAAAGUCUGGUCUUGAAUCUCGGUUUCAUGGUGAAAGUGAUGUCCCUCGUGUUUCGCAAUAUCGACUCGCUGCACAUUUAGGUUCAGCGUUUGUCCUCUACUCGUACUUGUUGUGGUGCUCCCUCGACUAUCUUCUUCCCGUCCAACAAUUGCAAAGGUCGAAAGAGUUGCUUCGAUUUAAACGAUUGGCCCACAUGUGCAAGGGUUUAGUUUUUAUUACGGCAAUAUCAGGAGCGUUUGUUGCUGGAUUAGAUGCAGGAUUAGUUUACAACUCAUUUCCUAAAAUGGGAGAUAAAUGGAUUCCUGACGAUGUUUUAGAAUAUAAACCAACAUGGACUAAUUUUACAGAAAAUCCUACCACCGUGCAGUUCGACCAUCGGAUUUUGGGAGUCACAACUUUUUCUACAAUUAUGGCAUGUUGGGCAAUUAGUCGUCGUCUAAAUAUUCCCAGGAGGGCGAGAUUAGCCUGCAAUGUAAUGGCCAUAGCAGCAUUGGCGCAGGUGGGUCUGGGGAUAAGCACAUUGCUCACUUAUGUUCCUACACCUCUCGCUGCCAGUCACCAAAGUGGAUCCCUAAUUCUGUUAUCAAUUGCUUUUUGGUUGACACAUGAAUUAAAGCGUAUUCCGAAAUAAACGAGUCAUUAUAUAUAUCAAAUAACACAGAA